CCCACCAGCCCUGCUUUUCACCGUUGAGAAACAGAACAGAGUCCACCCAGACUAAGGCCUGCAAGCUGGACCAGCACCCUUCAAGAGAGCCACGUGCCUCUCUCUCCGUGGCCUGUCAAGCCCUUGUGAAGAGGAGAGGGAGGACCCAAAACCUCUUAAGUGCUUUAGCCAUGCUUCUUCAUUUUUAUUCUCAGUACAGUUGGCCAGGAACCUUUGUUCCUGUUUUACAGAUGGAAAAGUGGAAGCCACUCCUGAAGUUCUUUUAACCUAAGGUUAUAGUUUAAUACUAGACAUAGCAGUUUCUAAUCCCAGUUCUGUCCACUGGCCAGCAUGGGUGCCCACUUGUAGGGCUACCAGAUCCCUAUGGCAUUCAUUGGGCUCCAGUUGUGUCCCACCCUACCCCCACUAUCUGGUAUUAGAUGGUCACACAGUGGUGGGUGGUUAUCUCCCGUUUGCUGGAAGGAGAUGGCUGGUAUGUGGGAGUGAGGGAUGGCUGAGUGGACUGUGCAGGCAUCCUUUUCUACCAUGCAACAUGGUGCAUGCGACACGGUGCAUGCUACAUGCUGAUCUUCAGGAUGAAAGCCCCCAAAGUCUAGACACCGUGUUGCCAAUGCAGAACCAGAGGAACAGGGGAGCACUGGCUCCUAACCACGUGCAGGAGGUGCGUCUGCACCGAGUGGAGUCCAUCAGUGACCUACACAGCGGAGGCUCACUACGACCCUGUCUGGUGGAGGAGGCACAGGCAUGGGAGGAGCUUCUGGGUGUCUUACCACCAUCGCUGUGCACCCAAGCUGGUUGCAGCCCUGUGUGUGGCCGUGGGGGCUUCCUUCUGCUGCUGGUACUGCUGGUGUUCACCUGCCUGGCGCUGGCCACCGUGGCUGUCUAUCUAAGUGUGCUGCAGAGCGAAUCCCUGAGGGUGUUGGCUCACACACUGCGCACACAAGAGGAGACUCUGCUCAAAUUGCGUCUGGCUAGCCUCAGCCAGCUAAGAAGGCUCAACUCCAGUGAGGCUCGGGCACCCAGCUGAGAUGCCAUCUGUAUGUGAGACUGUGGGGAGGGGGAAAGAGGCUUUUAGCAGGUCUCUGUUCUCUCACUGAUGGCUUCAUUUACACUACUCCUUGGUGAGAUUUCUGUACAAGCCUGAUAGAACUCCACAGCUUCCUGUCUCUCUUGACCUCUUCAGGCCAGGCCUGACCAAGCCUUCUGGUGCCAGGGCCCUGCUUUGGAUAGCCAAAGGUCAGAGGAUGGGGCACCAGUCUUUUCCUGGCACCUCCUGUCAGCACCCUCUGGCCACCCCCAGAUAGGAGGUUCAGAAGUCUAGAAAUAGCUGCCCUGGCUCAGCCACCCACUCUGCCAGGCCUCCCAGUGGGGGGUCCAGUCUCAGCUCUCAGCGCUGACCUGGGGAACUAAGUGUCCUGCCAUGGAGGACAAAGGUGAGGUAGAGAUCUUAGCUGCAGACAAGCCUGGGGUGGGAGACAAGGAGGGAGGGAGGGAGGGAAGGCAAGACUCAGGAUAAAGGCCACAGGGGGCUAAGUAUCGUUUAAUUCUCUCUUAUCUUUAAUAAACCAGCACACACAUCCAUUAUAGGCAGCUUUGCCUACCCUAUGCCAUGGAGGCCAGGUGCCAGACCCCCAAGGGAAGCAGCCCCGGUCGGGGGUGGGGGUGGGGGAGUGGGGCAAGGUCUAUAAAACAGGGAUGGUCCUUUCUCACCACCCACCCUGCCCGUUGGUCCUAGGUUAGUCCUCUAGGACCGUUAGCCCUCCAGGACCGGCACACAUUUGGUUUUACCUGAGACAGGACAGGAAGAGGCCACAGCCACAGAGCUGAGUGCACAUACAAAGGGCUUGAGUCUAAGUGUCCUGAUCCCUUGACCCUCCCACAUUUGUCUAUUUUUGGUUUCAUCAUUAAAAAAAUAAAGUGACAAUCACUGGCAGGGA